CUGAGAAUUAUCAUGAGGAGGGGGACCAUUCUGCAAAUGCAAGGGGUCUAAUAUGAUCAAUCGAAAGAUUCUGGGUCAAUUCGUGACGUCCUUUGUGCAAAUCCAAAAGAAUUGGGGCCAAUGCGAAGAGAACCAAAACUAUGAGGACCAGAUGUGUAAAAUAGCCAAAAGUGGUCAUUGAUGCUUCAUGAGUCUCUCGGAAGCGACGAUGGAGCUUCGAUCCGUGACGGCGAAGCUUGAGGCCACGGUGAAGACUGAGCACGGCGCAGGACCAGAGCACGGACGGAGACUUGGAAGGUUGUUCAUGGUGGCUCGGAGAUUUGAUUGUGAUAGCUGCGAUGGAGAGAAGCGACGGCUUCGGAGCUUCUGGAAGUGGAUUCACGGCGUGGUUAGAGCUUGGCUGAUUCCAGUGACGGCGAGAACGAAGAAGAACAAGACGAAUCGAGCCUGUCGCGGAGAAGCUUCGCGGGAUGAAGCCAGUCGCAGCCAAGCUACGACGAAUCCAUUCUCUCGGCCGCAGGGACCCUUCGCAGAGGAGAGCUGGUCGCGUCCGUGUGUCAAGCGGGUCGCGGCCGGUGAACGCGUUUCGCGGGCUUUGAUCGCAAGCGAUGAGUGGUCGCGGCCAGUUCGCAGCCAAUCUACGACGAAUCCAUUCUUUCGGCCGCAGGGACCCUUCGCAGAGGAGAGCUGGUCGCGUCCAGGUGUCAACGAAACAACCAGGGAGUUUCGCAGGCCCUCGUCGCGGGAAGAGAUGGGUCGCAGCCGUGUGUCGUCAAAAUGACCAGGAAGUUUUGCGGCCUCUGAUCGUGGGAUGAAGUAGGUUGCGGCCGAUGAACGCGUUUUGCGGGCUUUGAUCGCAAGCGAUGAG